CGAAAGAACGGGUAUUGUAAAAGUCAUCAAGGAGUCAGUGUUUGUCCUAAAAGCAGCGUUGUACCCUAAAAGUUCAAUAUGAGUGCCGCUAAGAAGGGAGUAGGCAGGUCCCAGGCUCCCACUGUAGAGCAGAUCAAUGCGGAUAUCCUGACACAACUGGCCAGUGAAUACUGGGCACCACACAGCCAUCUCCCAAGGAGGCCCUUCAAUCACCAGGUGAUUGAAGACGUGUACCAGAAAGAGCUCAUCCAAAACAGGUUUGCGAUUCGCAGAGUGAUGCUUCUGGAAUUCAGCCAGUACUUGGAGAAUUACCUGUGGCCGAACUACUCCCCAGAUAAGGCCAAGAAAAACCAUGUCAUCUCCAUCGUGGUCAUGAUCAAUGAGAAAUUCAGAGAAGGUGUUCCACCAUGGGAGGCUUGCAAGGCCAAGCCAGAGCAUUUUGCCGGUUUCUUCCAUCAUGUCAUGGAGCUUUGUCUUGAGGAGGAUGCAGCUGUGGUCAGCACCAAGGAGCAGACAAUCUUCAUGGGCUUUCUGAUCCAUUGCUUCAAUAGUCUGGAAGUUGAUCUAAUAAGGGAACAGGUCCAGCGCCUUGUGUCCCUGCCCAUGUGGGUUUGCCUGCUGCCGGGACGUCUUGAGAAAGAGCUGCAGGCAUAUCCAAAGUACAAAAAAUUCUGGAAUAUUAUCAAGAAAUCUGAUGCCAAAGCUGACGAGAAAACCAAAGCCAAGAAUGACAUUGAGAGGAAGUUUCUGGCAGGACUGAUUCAGCGUUUCUACAAAAUUCUGGAUUCUAUCCCAGAAGAUGGCAAAGCUCAAGCCAGUUCAGUCCACUACUGUGAGAGAUUUGUCGAGCUCCUCACAGAUUUAGAGGCACAGCUACCUACCAGACGGUUCCUCAAUGUGGUCUUGGAUGACAGUCACGUGGUGGUACGGUGUCGCCUCUCCAAACUGGCCCAACGCAAAGAGGGUAAACUCUUUAACCAGCUUCUCGACAUGCUUGCAUUCUACACUGGUUUUGAGAUCUCUGAUUCCACUGGCACUGCCCUGACUGAUCACCAGAUGACAGACCUACACUAUGAUAACAUGAGCUCCCUUCAGAGGGCAGCAUUCAAGUUGUUUGAGGACCUUCGGAGAUUUGCCUUGUCCAACGUAGCCAGUGUGGACACCAGGAAGGCACUAUCUAAUCAUUUUGAGAAGCUCAAUGCUAAUCAGUUGCAUCAGUUUGCUGCUCAUUUGCACCUCCUUCCCCCACUCCCUGAGGACACCAAUACCGUGCAUGACAAGGAGUUCCUUCUGGAGCUGAUGGUGUCAAGACAUGAGCGUCGCCAAUCUCAAAUACAAGUCUUGAAUGAGACUCCACUGUACCCAACAGAGGAUGUCCUAUGGGAUGAGAAUGUGGUCCCCACGGAGUAUUUCUCGGGAGAAGGCUGUCUUGCCCUACCCAAGCUGAACCUACAGAUGCUGACCCUGCAUGACUACCUGCUUCGGAACUUUAAUCUCUUCAGAUUGGAAUCCAUGUAUGAAAUUCGGCAGGAUCUUGAAGAUGUAAUUUUGCGUAUGAAGCCUUGGAUUGCUGAGAAUAUGGAGACAUACUUUGGUGGCUGGGCUCGUAUGGCACAGCCAAUCACAGCCUUAUCUGUUGUGGAGGUAGCUAAGCCAAAUAUCGGAGAGACCCACCCGGCCAGCGUACGGGCUGAUGUGACGGUCACCCUCAACCUACGCCAACAGAUCAAGGCUGAAUGGGAAUCUCUCCGCAAGCAUGACGUUGCAUUCCUCAUCAGUGUCAGACCCACCAAAAAGAUAGGCACGAGGUUCAAUCUUAAAGAGGAGCACUUCAUUGAGGCGGUGGGCCUGCUUCAUGUCAGAGGCUGUGAGGUGGAAGGAAUGCUGAAUGAAGAAGGCAGGGUCAUUGAAGAUGGACCUGACCCCAAACCAGAAUUGCCCGGUGCCCAGCGUACCUACCGUGUAUGGUUAGAUCCCAAUCAGUACCAGCAGGAUAUGGCUGGUACUGCCGCAGGCGGUGAGGAUGUGUACGAGUCAUUCAACAUCAUCAUGAGAAGAAAACCAAAGGAGAAUAAUUUCAAGGCAGUACUUGAAACCAUUCGCAACCUGAUGAACACAGACUGCGUAGUCCCUGAUUGGCUUCACGACAUCAUCCUGGGCUACGGUGACCCCGGAGCGGCCCAUUACUCCAAGAUGGAGAACCAGAUCGCUACGCUGAACUGGAACGACACCUUCCUCAGCUUGGACCACCUCAGGGCGAGCUUCCCUGGCUAUGAGAUCAAAGUCACCACAGAGGAACCUGUCAAGCAAAUACCACCUUUUAGGAUUACCUUUCCAGUCACUUCUGGUGGAGGAAAGAAGCGCAAACAAGCAGACAGCGAUGGCACAGAGAAAAGGGAGUUGUUAGUUGAGCCUCAUGUUAUUCCUAACAGAGGCCCCUACCCUUACAACCAACCCAAAAGGAAUGCCAUUCAGUUCACACCGACACAGAUUGAAGCCAUUAAAGCGGGCAUGCAACCAGGUCUGACCAUGGUUGUUGGUCCUCCUGGAACAGGCAAGACUGACGUGGCCGUCCAGAUUAUCUCCAAUAUCUACCACAACUUCCCCUCCCAGAGGACGCUCAUUGUUACACACUCCAACCAGGCCUUGAAUCAGUUAUUUGAGAAGAUCAUAGCGUUGGACAUCGAUGAGCGGCACUUGCUGCGUCUUGGUCACGGAGAGGAAGCCCUGGAGACAGAGAAGGACUUCAGCAGAUAUGGCCGUGUCAACUAUGUAUUGGCACUUCGUCUGGAGUUACUCAAAGAGGUGGAGAGACUGCAAGCAAGUCUAGGUGUUACUGGCGAUGUUUCCUAUACAUGCGAGACAGCAGGCCACUUCUUUUUGUAUCAGGUGGUUGCAAGAUGGGAGAAGUUCUUGAGUAAAGUGAAGCCAUCCUCAGGAAGCAGAGCAGGGAGUGCUCCAGCUAUUCAAGAACACUUCCCCUUCAACAAGUACUUUGAGAAUGCUCCUCAGCCUGUCUUCAAGGGACGGACAUUUGAAGAGGAUAUGGAUAUAGCUGAGGGAUGCUACCGACAUAUCAAGAAGAUUUUUCAGCAGCUGGAGGAGUUCCGUGCCUUUGAGUUAUUGCGUAGCGGUGUGGAUCGGUCCAAGUACCUGAUGAUCAAGGAGGCUAAGAUUAUCGCCAUGACCUGCACGCAUGCUGCCCUCAAGAGGCAUGACCUGGUCAAUAUGAACUUUCAGUAUGACAACAUCCUGAUGGAAGAGUCUGCUCAGAUUUUGGAGAUUGAAACCUUUAUUCCGCUACUGCUCCAGAAUCCUGAGGAUGGUUUCAGUCGGUUGAAGCGCUGGAUCAUGAUUGGGGACCACCACCAGCUCCCACCAGUCAUCAAGAACAUGGCCUUCCAGAAGUACUCCAACAUGGAGCAGUCUCUCUUCACACGCUUUGUCCGCCUGGGGGUACCCACGGUGGACCUGGAUGCCCAGGGUAGAGCCAGACCCAGCAUUGCCACACUGUACAACUGGAGGUACAAGAAGCUGGGCAACCUUCCCCAUGUACACCUGACGUCAGAGUUUCACAUGACCAACCCCGGCUUCCAGUUUGACUUCCAGCUCGUCAACGUCGAAAACUUCAAUGGCAUCGGGGAAUCAGAACCCAAUCCUUACUUCUAUCAGAACCUGGCCGAAGCGGAGUAUGUGGUGGCAGUCUUCAUGUACAUGAGGCUUCUGGGAUAUCCAGCUGAGAAAAUCAGCAUACUGACGACCUACAACGGGCAGAAGCACCUGAUCCGUGAUGUCAUCAACCAGCGAUGUGCCAGCAACCCACUGAUUGGCCAGCCAAGCAAGGUGACUACAGUGGAUAGGUUCCAGGGCCAACAGAAUGAUUACAUCCUCCUGUCAUUGGUCAGAACCAGAGCUGUUGGUCAUCUCAGGGAUGUUCGUCGACUGGUUGUAGCCAUGUCUCGAGCGCGUCUGGGCUUGUAUGUCUUUGCCAGGGUGUCGCUGUUCCAGAACUGCUAUGAGCUCUCGCCGACGUUCAACCUGUUGCUUGAACGACCAUUGCAGCUUCACCUUCACGUGUCACAGAGUGAAACAUAUCCAUCCACAAAGAAGGUCGAGGAACCUCGGUACGAUUCUCCCUUGGUCAUAGAGGACAUGCCACACAUGGCACAGUUUGUUUAUGACUUCUACCAGGACAAGAUACGGAGGCUGCAGGCAUCGCGAGGGCACCAAAGACAGAUGCAAGCGGAGCUGGCUAAACCCCCUGUUUCUCGCGAGCCACGCCCAGCCAAGCCAGCGGGCUGCGAGCAGCCUAAGCCUCCUGGAAUGCCUGCGGACGUCCAGGCGGUUGGAGAGGCAUCUAAGCCCCAAGAAGAGGAGGCUAUGGAGGAGGGGAAGAGCGACGAAGCAACCAAAGAGAAAACGGAGGAGAGGCCGGGGGGAGGGGAGGAUCAGAAGAUGGAAGAUGUAAAGACGCAGGAAUAGAAUAUCUAGUGUAUUGGGGGAGAGAACUGAAUUGGAUAUGUACUUUUCCUGCAUUGAACAGGGAGCUUUGAAAUGUUUCAGAGUCCUGUUGAUUUAAUAGAGUCCUGCUGAUUUAAUAGUCUGGCCAGUUCACAUUCACAUUUCUAUGCGUUUAUCUUGUUACCAAACACUAAAUUGUCUAGUCAUACAGACUCCAAGGUCUGCAUACAGACUCCCAGGUUUGCAUUUACCCAGUUAUGCGAAUGGUUGAUUUAACGUUAGUCCAGGCCAUAAUGUUAUACUUUAUUUUAGUCUUCAAUUGGCACAAAAAACUCCUUCACAGAACUCGGUUAAUGCCCUUAAAUGGAUAAGUCUAGUCGAGAACAAAUAUAUUUGCAAAAAUAUAUAGGAUGUUACUCACACCGUAGCUACUAUACGAUGUACCAUAUUCCCGUAAAAUCUUGCAGGUUCUUGAUGUCAAUGUGCUGGCUCUAUUGCACGUAAUGUUGUAGCCACCACCUUUGGCCCAUACGGUAAGCAAUGGAUAGUCACGAUGUGAGCUCUGCAUUUACAGGAUUUCCGUAAAUUUUCUAACAUUGUUGUGCCAUACAUGUAUCACUGCUUUUAAUGUGGACCUCCAGUUAUUUCAUUCUUAUUUUAACUAGGUAGCCCAUUCAGUGGAAUCCACUGGUCUCCAGGGCCCACAGGGCCCAGUGAUUUGAUUAAGAGAAGACAGUGUGAAGAAAUUACAGUAUUAGACGUGGGAGGAAAAACCCAGUAGAAUAUUAUGACAAAAAAAAACACGGAAUCAGGCAGGGACUGAAAACCCUCAGUUUUGUUAUAUACCUCAGUUCUGUCUGUCAAAACUUUUUUCUUCUUCAAAUGUUGCAGUCUUUUUUGCUGAGUUGUGUUUGUAUCCAGUGAAGACACUGGUAGUAGAGGAUACACACUUAAAAUGUACAGUGUAACAUUUCACCUGCGUAGAAUUAAAGUAGUAGUCAUACAGUGUUGGAGAAAGGGUUAAAAAUUGUCCAUCGGCGUUAUGUGACCAUUAAACGCUCUUUUGUUUUUAUACAA